UAACACUUGGGUUUCGAGGGAUAGUUUUUGUCUGUUUUUUCUUUUCAUAAACUUAUUUUUUCAUUUUAUUAAAAAAAAGAAAUGGAUCGACCUACCCGGGAGUUUGCCUUGCAGUUAAUGGCGUCCAAAGAUAAAAUGGAAUCGGAACUUUUAGCGCUAAUGGAUGUUCUGAAAUCGAAUAAUGCUGACAUGACACAGCCUCUAGUUGAUAAUGAAGGAUUUCCUCGUUCAGACAUCGAUGUUUAUCAGGUUCGAACUACGCGACAUAAAGUGAUAUGCCUUAGAAAUGAUUUGAAGAAUCUAACUCAACAGAUUGAAGCUGUAUUACAUGAUCUACAUGCUCAGCAGAGAGAGGGUGCGGGGAUGGAUGAACACAAGACAUCUUUCUUAAAUGAGUAUGAUGAGCAUUCAACACCAUUUGCCAAAGUUGGAGCAGUGAUCGAAGGCUCCCCUGCAGAAAAAGCAGGGCUUAAACAAGACGACCUCAUUCUCGGAUUUGGGACGUUACGAGCCAGCAAUUUCAGUAACUUGAAAGAUGUGGCACAAAUUGUCCAGCACAGGCUAAAUUGUGAAAUUCCAAUAUGCGUCCGUCGCUAUGAUGAUCUGAUUCAAAUUACGCUCAUCCCUAAAACUUGGAGAGGUAAAGGUUUCCUUGGAUGUGUUGUUUUACCCUUUGAUGCUGUUGAUCGAUAAAUCUUUUCCAUAAAGAUUGUGUUCUUCAA